AUGCCUCAGGAGCUAAGGCUUACGGGUUCUGCAGGAGGGUGCUCCCUUGCGGCACCGGCGGCAGUCGAACUGAACAGUGCUGCUGUCAAACGAUACGGCAUCAGAUACGACGUCGGACGGUGGCGGUUGCCCGAAUGCCUUUGCCUGGUCAGCCGAAGGCCCUUCUUCGGCAUCUUCAACAGCGUGCUCGCGGCGGGGCAGGCCCUCCGGCUGCUCCAGCAGGCACACCCGACACAAGGUGAAAAGGGCGGUCAACAACAAAGAUGGAACAACAGCAGUAGCUCGCCAACCAGCAGCAGCAAGCUGGAGGGUUUGCUAGCGGAGCUGUUGGCGGGAGGCGUGCGGGGAGGGGGCGUGCCUGGCCCCGGGCAGGAGCUGGUGGCGAGUGGGCUGCGCUUCGUGCAGCCGGUGGACGAGCACAUGAGCCUUAACGACGUCCCUGUUGUCCCUCUGCUGGUACGACUGGGCCCCCGUAACUUCCUCCGCCUGUGGUCGGCCAUCCUUUGCGAGAGGCGAGUGCUGCUGGUGGCGGACAAGGUCCGGACUCUGUCGUGCUGCGUGCACGCCGCCAUGGCGAUGCUCUACCCCUUCGCGUGGCAGCACGUCUUCAUUCCCCUCCUGCCGACCGACAUGCUCGAGUACGUGUCCGCGCCCAUGCCGUUCGUCAUCGGGGUCCGUACGUCUCAGCUGGAGUCUGUGAAGCGCCAGCCAAUGAGCGAGGCCGUUUUCGUCCAUCUGGACAGGGGAGAGCUCACGGGGUCGACCGGGAUGGACCCUGUCCCUGACAUCUGUGACGGAGUAAAGGAGCACCUGGCUUCGGCGACCCAGAAGCUAGACAGAGCCCUCGGGAAGCUGGCCCUCCUUACCCGUGGCAACAAAGACGGCGGUGACAGAGGGCCUCGAGACGAGCGCGUCGGUUCAAAAGGCAUGACGAAGGACGGCAUCAACGACACGGCAAGCACCCUUUUCGCCGAGGUCAAGGCGAUAUUCUCCAAAGCCAAAAAGCAACGACCAGCCGGAGGAAGCGGCAGUGGGAUGGUGACCCCUGAGGACCACUCUCUGAGAGAAGCUCUCGUGGGUUUCAACAUCGGGCUGUUCGGCGACCACCGGACUAUCCUUAGGAGGCAGCCCGAUGUAUCCGUCAAGGUCGAUCACGAUUACUUCAUAAGGUAUCGUGAACAAAGGGGGGACUCGGAGGGAGUACUGCGCUUCCUGAAGGAGUUCACGCAGAGCCAGAUGUUCCACAUGCACAUGAUGCAUGUCAAGGACCGACUGCGCAACAAGCAGGACCCAAGCACCCCCAGCCCCAGGGAGGGAGCACCAGACCACCGCCACCACCCCUCCCCCGCGACCUUCCUGCGCGUUAGCGACCAGCUCACCCUCAGGGGCGGGUGGGGCGACGCGAGCGGGAACGGGGGGGGGGGCUUCGCGCCCGCCUCGGUCAAGAGGGCCCUGAGCAAGGUGUUGGCGGAGGCGUUGCCAGCCGGGUCCGGUUCCAAUUCCUACGGUGACCCAACUUUGAACCCGAGGGCCCUCGCCGCGACGGCCAACGGCAACGCUUCCGCCAAGGACAUGGCCAAACUCAGGGCCGAGCUUUGCAGGACUGCGAGAGAGUCCGCCAAGCUGAGCGGAAUCAUGCGUGUGGUGUGGGUGAGGCUGCUCGACUGCCGCGGCAACAACCUUACGAUGGAGUACCCCAAGGGAUGGGAGGAUACGGGAGUGGUGGGGGGCGGGGGGGGGGAUGCUGGGAAAGCGUCCCCGAGGAUCCGGGCCAUGGCUCGGGAGGUGGUGACGCUCGUGAUGGACAUGAAGAGGCUGGCCUUGCGCCGCGAAGCGGUAGCGAACCUCGAGCAGCGGGAGGCGGACAGGGCGGGGGGGCUCCCGGAGAAGAUCAAGCUCCGUAGCCGGUGCAUGCCGGACUUCAGCACCUUCCACAACCUGGUGGGACAGGCAUCUUUCGGCGACUCCUCUAACCACACGGGAGGCUUCGAUAGCGGAGGCAAUGUAACCAACGACGACGAGGUGGCGGCAGCCGUUACAGGGGCGCUGUUCUCGUCGAGAAGCAAGUCUUCAGUGGGGGGAAGCAGCGAGUACGGUUCGCAGGGCGAUGGCGGGCUGCAAGGGCUACCGGCCUUCGGAGAUCUCGGAGAUUCCUCCAGCCGUGCCGCGUGGCAGGACCUGGCUGCUACGUACUCGCUGCCUGCGGGUGGCGGAAGCGGAUACGACGAAGAGAGCAGCGAUGGCGAGAGCAACGCCGGGGGGACCUCGCCGCCGCCGCCGCCGCUCCCGGUCCGCGGGGACUCCGUGGGAUCAUCCCGUGAUGGCAGUGGGUAUGUCCGCAACAACCGCAGCAGCACCAGCAGCCCCCAAGGUCCUCUGGUGCAAGACUUGCUCUCGGACGAGUUCGUGGGACCGGGAAGCGGAGGCAGCGCUAGCCCUAACCCGUUCCAAGCCCUAACCCGUUCCAAGGACGCGGCGCUAGCCUUAACCCGUUCCAAGGCCGGCAAUCCUUGGACGACAACGGCUUUCCAGUGCAAGAGGCGUCUUCGGGCUUGUCCACCGCGGUGGUCGGUUACACUUCCUCCCCGAAGUCGCUGGCACCACCGCCACCAUCACCAUGGGAGGUCCCUGGCCAGAUCUUCGCGGGACGUACCAGCGUCGGGGGGGGCGGCACCGCAGGCGGUGGGGGCGGGAUUUCGCGGGGGGUGGGGGGUGGGGGUGGAGUUCCAACGUCGACCGGGGGGGUGGCGGGACUCGUGGGGAGGUUCGAGCGAGCGUCACCUACACCCUCAGGACCGGUGA